CCUUAUUCCUUAAUAAAAUCAAUGCUUUCCUUUCACUGUAAUUACAACCUUUCCUUUUUCUCUUUAUUACUUAAUUUUUGUAUUGACCAAAAUUUUCCUUUUUUUUUAUUGCAAAUUCACCUCCCCAUUGCCUUACUUAUUAUAUAGAGAUAUAAAUUCCACUUUUUUCCAAAAGAUCCAUUCCUUAUUCCUUAAUAAAAUCAAUGCUUUCCUUUCACUGUAAUUACAACCUUUCCUUUUUCUCUUUAUUACUUAAUUUUUGUAUUGACCAAAAUUUUCCUUUUUUUUAUUGCAAAUUCACCUCCCCAUUCCUUAUUCCUUAAUAAAAUCAAUGCUUUCCUUUCACUGUAAUUACAACCUUUCCUUUUUCUCUUUAUUACUUAAUUUUUGUAUUGACCAAAAUUUUCCUUUUUUUUAUUGCAAAUUCACCUCCCCAUUGCCUUACUUAUCAUAUGAGAUUCUUCCACAAUACAAUUAACCCAAAGAUUUAGUUGAGUUUCCACCAGUAUUUUUAUUGAUUCUUGUUAACUUUUUUUCCCUAAUCUUUGAGAUAUGGAUGAUCUUCAAUGGAAUCUUGUUCCAAGUUAACACACCACUAUGAUUGCUCCAACACAUGUCUUCUCUCUGCACAGUCCUCUUUUCUUUACCCUUUUAGCAGUUUCCUCCCUCUUCCCCAUUGGGCCAUAAUAUAAUACCACUGGUUCUCUCUUCUCCCAAUUGUCACCUUUAUCACAGCUUUCAAAGGUCCAACCCAACCAAAGGUUCCUUCCCAUAUACUAACCCUUUGCUGUCCUUUAGAUUAUUUCCUUUCCUCAAAUCAACAAAUGUUCUCCCAAAGAACAGUAUCCCAUUGUCUCUCUUGAGCCUUGUCUCUUGCCAUCUUCUUGGUUCAGUUUAUAUAUGCGAACCAACUUCACAACUUUCCCCUCCAUUUCUCCCCACUCUCUGCAGAGAAAAUCCUGCUGUGAAUGCCAGAGUAAGAGUUCACCUUCCUUUGUAUUUUCGCUUCAAUUCCCAACUGGGUUGUCUGUCUUUGAGGUUAAAGUUUUGAUCUUUAGCUAGUUUCAUUGCCUCAUUUCUUGGUCUGUGAUCUGUGGUUGAAACUGCAUAUUAGUUCAAUGGUCUCUUUUCUAGCCUCCCACUUCCUUCAUAGAGCUAAAGUUUCCAUCUUUAACUAGUUUCAUUGUCUGUUUCUCUCUCAGGUUCUGAAUCUGCAUGUUCUGUUAAACACCAAGCUAUCGUAAUAUUUGCAUAUUGAUCUCUCUGCCCUCCUGGAGAAAAAAACCAUGCCUCCAACUUACUUACCCUUGAGAUGGGAAAGCACAGGAGACCAAUGGUGGUAUGCUGCCCCAAUAGAUUGGGCAGCAGCCAAUGGCCACUAUGACUUAGUCAGACAGCUCCUCAAAAUCGACAACAACCACCUCAUCAACCUCACAUCCUUGAGACGAAUUCGUCGCCUCGAGACAGUGUGGGAUGAUGAGCAAUCCUCAUCCUCGUCGUCCCUUGACGUGGCCAAAUGCCGCUCCCAUGUAGCUAGAAAGCUCUUCCUGGAGUGUGAAUCGAGCAAGAGUAGUGGUGGGAAGAGCAAUUCCCUUGUGGCAUCUGGAUAUGGUGGAUGGCUCAUGUACACGGCUGCCUCAGCUGGGGACUUGAACUUUGUUCAAGAGCUCCUCCACAAAAACCCCUUGCUUGUGUUCGGUGAAGGAGAGUAUGGUGUUACUGACAUACUCUAUGCUGCUGCUAGGAGCAAGAACAGUGAGGUUUUCAGGCUGGUUUAUGACUUUGCUGUCUCCCCAAGGUUCUUGGCUGCAAAAGAUGGGGAUUUGGAGGAGCAUUUAGGGGACAUUCCUCUCACGUACAAGUGGGAAAUGUUGAAUAGAGCUGUUCACGCUGCUGCUAGAGGUGGGAAUGUUGCCCUUCUGAAGGAUCUUCUUGCUAAUUGUAGUGAUGAGAUCUUGAGUUAUAGAGAUAAGCAAGGAUCCACCAUCUUACAUGCUGCGGCAGCCAAAGGCCAAGUUGAGGUGAUUAAGUAUCUUAUCUCAACCUUUGAGAUGAUCAACUCAACAGAUAAUCAAGGCAACACAGCAUUACAUAUUGCAGCUUACCGCGGCCAGCUACACGUAUUCCAGGCUCUAGUCGAAGCAUCUCCUUUGAUGCUUGCAUCUACUAACAAUGCUGGUGAGACUUUCCUCCACAUGGCAGUCUCAGGCUUCCAAAACCCUGCAUUCAGAAGGCUGGACAAGCAGAUCGAGCUCAUGAAGGAGUUGAUUCGUGGGGGAAGUUUCCACAUCGAAGAAGUGAUCAACGCCAAGAACAAUGAUGGAAGAACAGCACUCCACACUGCAAUCCUUGCCAAUAUGCAUUCUGAUCUCGUCCAGCUCCUGAUGGCUGUCGAAUCAAUCGAAGUGAAUGCUCGAGAUGCAGAUGGAAUGACCGUGCUUGAUUUGCUAAAGCAGCGCCCUCGUUCUGCUUCUUCUGAUGUCCUGAUCAGGAAGCUGAUCUCGGCUGGUGGGAUUUUCAGUUGCCAUGAUUACACGGCAAGAAGAGCCAUUGCUUCACGGCUUAAGCUGCAAUCCGGGCUAGGAAGUCCAGGGACUUCCUUUAGGCUCUCUGAUACAGAAGUCUUUCUCUAUACUGGAGUUGAAGUUCGAGCAAGUGGUGGACAAGGCAAUGGAGGAAUGAGUUCAUCUUCCUUGGAACUGAAUCAGGUGGAUUAUACAACAGUAAAGAAAGAAGAAGGUGAGAUUCCGAGCCAUGCUGCUCAAGGGCUGAAAAGGGUACUCCAAUGGACAAGGAAAAAGCAUAGGAAGCCUGCUGAAGGACACAACAGAAAUUGCUCAGUAGCUUCAUCAUCAAGGAGAUGCAGUACAGUAACAGCAGCUAGUACUACUGCUUCAGAUGAAACCCAAGCAGCAGCCCCACUUCGCCAUCGAUUCUCUACCAAGCCACCAUCAACGCCACCACCUACAGCAAGCAACAAGAGGACACUGGCAGUAAGGAGCAACCAAUCAAGUCCAACAGCCAAGAAGAAGCUUGCUUCGGGAGCAUUAGUCCAUGGAGUCGUUCAGGCAUUGCCACAUAUUGCAGUUCCUGGAGCGAGAUCGCGGUCUAGUUCGUUCUCCAAAUCGUCCCUCUCUUCUCCAUGCUCAAAGGGUGUGUUUGGCGAAGGCGAGGGAUUGGAUGUAGGGUCGCCGAGCUUGAAACACAACCACCAUCAGCAUCAUCGGAGGUCGAGGAGUCAGUACUUUUGCUUUGGAGGGUCAGGGGUUUCAGUGAAGAGUCCAGUUAGUAGUAGCAGGCACAGGAGGCAGCAGAGUGCUAGCUAUACUCCACCUGCUGUGUCAGUUGCUUGACAAAAAAAAAAAGGUGCAAGCUUUAGAGGAAAUGGCAGCUAAAACUGACUGUUAGACUCUAGCAAAGUUCAUAAUAAGGACUAAGGAGGAGUUCCCUAAUUAGUAGAAUGUGUUCUUAAUAUCUUAUCUGUUCAAGUUCAAUGUAUUUUGUACCUGUGUUUGAAGAUAGAGAAAUGGAAACAGCUUGUUUUCUUAACUUUGGCUGAUGAUCAAUGAAGUCCCAAAACUUAAGGCAACAGUGGAAUUGGAUUCAUUCCAAUUUGGGCUUCUGGGCCUAUUGAUUGAGCCUAUUCAUUUAGUGGAAAUUUGUCGAAUGCUAGCAUGGGCUAUUCGUGUUGAUUGGGGAAGCUAGUCUGUGGCCCAUCAGAAACCGGUGAAAGAACCAGGGCCCAUUUAGGUUCAAAGUAAAAUGUUAUCGAUAUUACUACUUGUUUGUUGGGCCUGCCCUGCCCUGACUACCCCAGAUUCAAACAUGAAGCAGAUCUUCUUAGAAUCCAACAAACAAAAUCAAAAUCCCCUAUAACUAUAACAUUCGGAGCAACAGUUGCAGAAAUGUGUCACAUAGUAGGCAAUACUAUUAUCAAUUACGAUUUACAAAAACGAGCAAAUACUCUGAAAAUGCAUCCAAUCGAUAACAAAUCUCUCCCAUGAGAGCUCUUUUGAGCAUCCCAAAUUUUACUAUUGUUGCAUUUGUUUACGUUUUGCCUUCCAGUUUAGGCAUUGUAUAUAUAGAAGACUUCGUGAAAAUUUUGGAGUCAUCUAUUUAUAAAUCUAAAACAUACAAUGUAACAGGGUUUUUUUCCUUCCUUCAAGAAACUAGCAUAAAUUUAGAAACCGUGUCUUUCAUUUUUUUUUUCUGUAUACAAUUUGUGCCUUUGUCGAAUUUAAGGAAUCAAAAUAUUCUCCCUUAUCCUCUAUCCUCUAUGAUCACAAGAAUCAAUUCAUAUGCAGAAUAUAUCUGUAUAUGGCCCAAACAAAUUAAAGGCGUCGUAUACAUAAUACAUACAUGGUAAGGUUUGAUCAAAACAAUGAUGAUGAUGACUCUUUAUCUGUUUUUCCUAUCAAACGAAAGACACAUGUACAUGAAGUUGAAGUUUCAUCUUGUAGGCAAAUAAUAAUAUUGAAAUCGUCAUACAAGAUAUUACUAUUGUAAAUUAUGAUAUUCUAUAACAAAUUAGGUCAUCUUAAUAACUGGGAACCUAACAUGAAUCUUAAAUCAUUCACUUGUCACAAAUGGGUACUAAUUAAUGUCUCCAACUUAUAAUUAAUUUUUUUAAGACAUCUACGGUGCACUCACAAAAAUGAGUGCAUACUAUGCAUCCAACUAUAAAAUUAGUAUUAAGAAAUCGAAUCUUGAAACUUAAGUAGUAGCAUUAUUCGAAUAUGAUGAUAUAAUAUAGGAUUACUGUUAGAGUAGUCAAAGAGUAAAGGAAAUAUCACAUUGGUGGGAGAAGGAAAGUGCAAGUUGUUUUUAAGUUUGCUUUCCACUUUAGUUAUUGGAUAAAGUGGUUAGUGGGCUUUUGUAAAAAGUGUGGGCUAUUUAAUUUGACAUAUUAAUUCGCACGACGCGUUCGGAUUUGAAUUUUUGGCUAAUUAAUUACAGGAAUUAUUUUAAUUAAUUAAUCCGGAUGAUUAUUUGAUUUUGACUUUUGUGAAACGACGUAACCCUUCGGAAGGGAACUGUCGUUUUCACUAUUAAAAGGUAUUUUGCAGCCGAUGUUCUGGUCUAACGUUCAUCUUCUUCUCCUCGUUUUUCCUUCUCCAAAAACACAAACACAGAAGUCACGAAAGGUGCUGCUUUCUGACUUUGAUUGGAGGGACUCCUAGGGGUGGUUUGCCUAAAUCCUACCAGCAACGAAGUAGUGGGGGCAAAUAAACACUCUAAGGAGAGUGAUUAUAAUCACGCCUUCAAUCCGUUUUUCUCCAUACUGUUUCCCUGACAAUUACAACUAAUCAAUGUAUUAUCCUAAG